AUGCCUUUCAAGUCCACUCAGCCAGAUAUCCCGCUGCCGACAGAUGUCACGAUCUGGGACUGGCUAUUUGAUUCUCCCUCCUCUUCGCUCAAAAAGCAUCCGUCCUCAGCACUGCGUGGCUACAGUAAUGGCAUCACAGGCGAGCGGAUCAACUACGCUCAGGUUCAAGACGCGACGACCUACCUCUCGACGGCGUUGGUCAAACGAUAUGGACUGAAAGAGGGGGAAGCAGUGGCAUUGUUCAGCCCUAACAAUAUCUGGUAUCCAGUAGCUAUGCUAGGAACCCUGAGAGCUGGUGGGGUUGUCUCUGGGGCGUCGCCGGCCUACAACAUCGAAGAGAUGACAUACGCACUUAACAAGGCCGGUGCUAGGUUCCUUAUGACCGUACCUGCGUCAAUGGACGUUGCUGCCGCAGCAGCAAAGAGCGCUGGGAUUCCCAAGGAGCGGGUGUUUCUUCUUGAAGGCGAGCUAGAGGGUUUCACGGCCAUGCAGACACUUUUGGAUAUUGGAAGAUCAUAUGCGGAAAACGGCCAGGUUCCGAGCUUUAAGAUUCCCGAAGGUAAGGAAAGUAAGGACGUUUGUGCUUUUUUGAGCUUUAGCUCUGGCACGACUGGGUUGCCGAAGGCUGUGAUGAUAGCCCAUCAGAACGUGAUCGCACAGGUCUUGCAGGUACAAAUGAUUACACCACCCAACCUGCAGAAGAUUUUGGCUGUACUUCCUGUCUUUCACAUCACGGGCCUGGUCCACGCCCUUCACCUCCCUAUCUCCAUCAAUGCUGAAGUAUACAUGCUUCCAGCUUUCACGAUGAAGGACUUGCUAGAUACAGUGGUCAAACACCAGCUCCGAGAAUUGCUCCUCGUACCGCCCAUUCUAAUCAGACUUGUUCGCGACCCACUCGUCGAUAAGUACGACUUAUCUUGCUUACGCCGAUUCUCUACUGGUGCUGCUCCUCUAUCGGAAGAGAUACUCCACCUUCUCAAGAAGAAGUUUCCACAGACUGAGUUCAAGCAAGCGUAUGGUAUGACCGAAUCUUGCUCUUGCAUUACGGCUCAUCCACCAGAGAAGUAUGAUUACAAGUACGGUCACACUGUGGGAACAAUCUGCGCAAGCACAGAAAUCAAAGUCAUUGAUCUAUAUGGCAAUGAGCUUGGUCUCAAUGAACCCGGAGAGAUUCUGACUAGGGGUCCCCAAAUCACGAUGGGAUACCUCAACAAUGCCAAAGCCACAGCUGAGACUUUCGACAAAGACGGCUGGCUACAUACCGGAGAUCAAGGCAUCCUCGACGAGGAGGGCAUGCUAACCAUCACCGACCGCAUAAAGGAAUUGAUCAAGGUUAAAGGCAUUGGUGUGGCUCCUGCUGAACUUGAAGACUUGUUGCUUGGCCACCCCAAAGUGGAAGACGCUGCGGUAAUGAGCGUGCCAGACGACUAUACCGGCGAGAGACCGAAGGCUUACGUUGUCCCGAAAGAUGAAGUCGAAGGCAGCCAAGAAUUUGGACAGGAAUUGAUUAAAUAUGUGCAAGAGAGAAAGUCGAGGACUAAGUGGAUCACUGAACUGGAGUUUGUUGGAAUCAUACCGAAAUCUACUAGUGGGAAAAUCCUCAGGAGGAUGUUGAGAGAUCAAGCCAAGGCAGACAAGAGCAUGAAGCUCAAAGACGAUGUCAAGGAAAAGGCAAAAUUGUAG